AUGGCAGUUUGUCCCGAGUGCAAUGUGGUGAUAAACAGAAGUGUUAAGGAUGCUGUUGCCUGUGAUAAAUGUGGCAGAUUAGCCCAUUUCGCCUGUUCAGUUAUUAACAAUGAAAAAAGUGUUAACAAAAAAACCUCUAUCCGUUUUAUUUGUAAUAAAUGCAAAAUUGAUAAUCAUAGUGACAUCUCCGUUCUUCAAAGCCAACUUCCUAGUGAUAAUGAUGGUAAUCAACCUUCUAACUCGAAUAAUUCGGGGCUAUCGCCUGCAGUCUGUGAAGCAAUUCGGGUGGCAGUCGAGCAGGGGCAACAUUCCACAUUUGAGAAAAUUGAGAACAUGUUUGCUCUGUUUCAGGAAAAACAGUUUGCUUUCAAUGAAAAGCUUAAUGAUUCUAUUCAAAGCUUAAGGGAUGACAUUUUGGAGAACUCAAACAGAAUUUCACAUCUUGAAUUUGAUUCAACCAACUCAACGAGAGAACUUCAGGAUGCAAAAAAAAGAUCUACAGAAUUGGAGGCUAAAGUUUCAUUUCUUGAGCGUGACUUAAGUAUGCAUGAACAACUGAGCCUUCAAACUUCAUUAGAGAUUGCUGGACUUCCAUUUAAGGAAAAUGAAAAUCUCACUUCACUUUUCUGUGAUGUCUCUAAAGCAUUAGGUGUCAGCAUUAAGGAUGAGGAUAUUUCUAAUAUCUAUAGAGUGAAACGAGACUUUAAUCAACCUAACCAUCAACAAUCUUCUAUUAUUCGAGUUAAACUUACCCGGCAAAAUUUGAGAGACUCGGUUCUGGAUCAUCGUAAACGAUUAUCUGACUUUUCUACUGUGAAUAUUGGGUGGGCACACAAGGAAAAAUGUCCAAUUUACAUCAGGGAAAUUCUGUCUGCAACCAAUCGUAGGAUAUUUGCCGGUGCUUUAUCAUUACGAAAAAUGGGCAAGAUAAAGUAUCUAUGGGUGGCCGGAGGAAAAAUUUUUUGUCGAAAAGAGGAUGGAGCACCUAGAAUGCAGUUGUCCAGUCUACAGGAUGUCAACAAGUUUCAAUAG